UCUCCCCGAGUCUGGAUUGGCCGUCUUCAGCCAAAUCCUCUUCAAUGACUUCGAACCCGAGUGUUUAGACAAGGAGGAGGAGGGUGUCCGUUCGUAAUUGUGUCGGGGGGAGAGGACUGAGCCCCUCCGUCCACCAGCACGCCAUCAUCUCAUUCAGGAGCUUUACCCGAGGAAGGAGUGCUGUUUGACGGCGCGGCGCGUCGGAAUCCGCAUCCGCCGGUGGAAAGUGGGCUUAAAUAAGACCCAGGUUUGCAUCGAACGCUCGAAUUUUGCGCUAAUUCUGCUUUAAAGAAAAACAUCUUUCCGUAUUUUUUAUUAUUUUUCAUAUUUUUUACGGAGCAACGUCCAGCGGAGAUGGCACACAUCGCUACGGGACACGGUGUUUUUUCCUGAUUGAACGCAUCGUUGCAGGAUCUGAUUGAUUGGGAAUCCAAUAUAUAUAGUAAUCAAAAAUCUCAGUUUUUGAUAUCCGAAAAGGCGUUUCUUGCAGGUUAGUGGAGGUAUUUGGAUGUAUUUGCAUCACAUCAAUAUUUCAACAGCCUGUUGAAAAUCAGGGAUUUUGACGCACGUUUGGAGAAUGAAUUCGUAUUUUAACACAAUCACGCGAUUGAGGUUAGGUUGAACAAGUUUUCUUUUCUUAAGUGCAAAGAAAAGGACAUUUCCAAGUCAGUAUUUUAGAAACUGAGACGUAUCCUUGGGUGAAACAUGGCUAAAACCCCUGCAGAGGGUGUGCAGGACGACCUGAGCCAGCUGCAGGACGAGGAGCUGCACCGCUGGAGCAAAGAGGACCUGGCCAGGAAACUGCGCAGGGUGGACGGGGAGAAGAUGCAUUUAAUGAUCGAGCACGGCAACAUGAUGAAAGACAUCAACCGGAGGCUGCAGGUGCAUCUGCACGAGAUCCGCAGCCUGAAGGAGAUCAACCAGAAGCUGCAGGACGACAACCACGAGCUGAGGGAGCUGUGCUGCUUCCUGGACGACGACCGGCAGAAGGGCAAGAAGCUGUCCCGGGAGUGGCAGCGCUUCGGCCGCCACACCGCCAGCGCCAUGUGGAAGGAGGUGGGUGGAUACAUGCUGAAGCUGAAGGAGCUGGAGGCCAACCAGGACACCGUGCUGAGGGAGAACUCUGAGCUGAAGGAGAUCAUCCUCAUGCUGGACGAGGACCGCAGCGGGGCCGGCUCCAGGAGCUCCAUAGACAGCCAGUCCAGCCUGGGCCACCUGAACGGGGGGUCGGGCACGGUCAGGGAUGUCGGGGAUGGGAGCAGCACGUCCAGCACCGGCAGUGCCGGCAGUCCAGACCACCACAACCACAAUAACCACACACACAAGCCCUCGGAGAACAGUAAGCUGGCUCCCACCAUCAUCAGGAGGUCCAUGGAUGACCUGUCGGCACCCCACCAUCACCGGAGUAUCCCCAAUGGCCUAAACGAUUCCUCGUCCAACUACAUCAGGCAGUUGGAGACAAAAGUGCGGAUACUGGAGGACGACAACAAUAAGCUCCUCACGCAGGCCCAUAACCGCUAUAGCUUAUCACAAAUACAGACAAAAAAGCAGUGUAACCCAGGUGACCUUCGUGCUCUGAGGAAGGGAAUGACUCUGUACCACUCAGAGUCCCAGCUGUCCUCGCUGCCCCAGCGCCAGGAAGCCAUGCAAAUGGGUACAAGCCGUCUCCCUACCAGCGAAUCCUCUCCCGCCACGGGCUACCUGUCCUGCGUCCAGAAGCCCGAGGCCGUGGUGCAUGCCAUGAAGGUGCUGGAGGUCCAUGAAAAUCUGGACAAGCAGGCUCCCGAGGACUACGAGGAAGAUCUCAGUGAGAAAGAGAAGGCCAUUGUGCGAGAGAUGUGCAACGUGGUUUGGAGAAAACUGGGCGAUGCCGCAGGAUCAAAGCUGUCCGUCCGACAGCACCUCUCUGGGAACCAGUUCAAGGGGCCGAUGUAGCCCGGCAACCGGCGACGCGUCGACAGAUCAGGAUCCCCAGUACUUCCUCCCCUUACACCGCCAGCCCCGCCUCCACGCCACCCAUCAACGCCCACUCCCACCAACACUCCUGAGACCGGCUGAGACGGCUACAGAAAGAACUCGGUCGUCCAUAUUUAACUUGUAUGACAUGUUUUUAUCUCUCAAAGCUUACGUUGACAACUGGCAGCUAGUUUCACCUCUUUUCUGCGUUGAUCACAUGAGUAGCAUCCUCUAUCUUCAAAUGGCUACAAAUGUGCCACCGGUUUUAGCUUGUUUUGUUUCCCAGAGCAUAGUUGUGCGAUUUAUAAACUGGCAAUGCAACACAUUUCAAACACAGACCGUGCUGCUGGAAUGAAAGGGUGGUAUGUUCAGAUAAGUCUUGAUAGUACCUCCUGUAGAAACCUUAGCUCAUGUCAAAUGUACCCGCCCACCUACCCACUCUAGUGGUCAACAAGUAUAAGUAGGAUUAGCCUUCUAAACUGUUAACUGAGUGAAACUCCCUGUGAUCUAGCACCUUUUGCUCUUAAGUCUAUGGAUAACUCCAUCUAGGGAUCACUGUUAACUCGUGUAUAUUAUGUAUAAAACCAUAGCACUACUUCAUUGUUACUGUUGAUUUUACUUUGAUCUAUUUUGUAUUCUAGCGUGGCCAUUCGAUCAAUAAUUCAGUUUUUAAAAAGCACACAAAAUCCAGAGCUUAAACAGGGUUUGCUUUAUUAAAACAGUAUUUUUUUUUUGUCUUUUCUUCAUGAAUUGUUAGUAUUUCUUCUCUCCGUAACCUCUGAAAAUGUAUCAAGGCCAUUCUGAAUCUACAGUUUCCAUUGAUUGAUGGAUAGAUAACUUUUUUGGAGGGGGGGACUAACUGAAAAAUUGUAUGCUGUGUGCAUGCUGGACAAUCAUUUUCUCAGGUUGGGAGGGCUAAAGCUUUACCUUCACCCAUCCGUGACUUUGUGUGUGUGUGUACGAGUGUGCGCGUGUGUGAAUGUGUGUGUGUGGUGGCUGGUUCUUUUGCAGCUCUAGCAUCUGCCUGUGAAUCCUCAUCUAGCUGUUGAACUCUGGUUUCAACACAGUUCCAGACUGUCCAAGACAUUUUCUGAAUCCACACAAAAACUAGUGCACCAUUAACUGCAAUAAUAUUUUAAAGGUCCAGAAAUACACUCCUUGUACACUUUUUUUUUUAAAGACUUAUAAAAUGAGGCCCUUUCCAUUUGUGGAUUCAGCAGAUGUGUUCAAGCAGUCUACAAUUUCUUUUUUUUGUCUUAGAAUAUGAGAAGUAAGUCUUCCUUUUGAUAUCUCCACACCAUCAUACACUAACAAAACCAGUAUUUCUUGAUGUCAGAAUGAGCAAACAAAAGUUUGUAAAUGUAUUUAUCGUCAGGUGUAAAAUAGAGACCGGAGAGCUAUCGGUUACUGAGCGAUCCAUCUUUUUCAAUCGAUCGCAUCGACAGAUUGGUUCAGUGACCGUCUUCCCACGCUCCCCCGUCUCUAGUGCUAUUUGUUCCAAAUUAGAACAUUUCUCAGACUGACCAUCGUUUUAAAAAUGGGUCCAAAAAGAAGAAAAAAAAAACGAAAUUAAUCAGAGGAUUAUUUUUUAAAAGUGUCCUUUUUUCUAGGAACUGAUCUAAAGCCAUGAUACAGUUUUGAAUAUUUAAUAAAUGGCAUUUGAUUUGAGAUGUGCCACGUUUUCUUUCACUGUGUAUUGAUUUGGAACCCAAUAAUUCUUUUUUGUACACCUAUGAUGCUUUCUUUUCCACCUCUAUGCUAAAACCACAGUACAGAUCCCUAGAAUCUGCAGCAUAAAUGUAUAUUCCUGUAGCAACUAGCAUGACUGUAACUUCUUUACAUGAAAUUCAAUGAUAUGAACAUUUGGCAGGUGAAAUCAACAUGGAAAUAGGUCAUUUUUAGAAAAAAAAAAUAUGGGAAGAAAAAAAUAAACAAGUUGCUUAACAAUGCCAUGA